AAAAAUAUCCCUCUCGAGAAUCAAGAUGCUAGGCAUUAUCGAGAACAAUGCCAGCCUGCCAAGAGCAUCGAUAGUAGGUAGCGCUUCUUUGCUCGCGGCCUUGGACCACACACACAGAGGACAGAAGCGAGCAAGAUCGAGUGAGCGAUUAGCUAAACAAUGGAGGAGAUCGUGAUUGGUUUGUCCAAGUCUGUGGUGGAGGGGACGCUGAGCAAGGUGAAGGCGGCGAUUGAGGAUGAGACGAAGCUGAAGCUGACGGUGCAGAGCGACCUGGUGUUCAUCACGGGUGAGUUCGAGAUGAUGCAGUCGUUCCUCAAUGUUGCCGAUGCGGGGGAGCGCAUCAAGAACAAGGCCGUCAAGACGUGGGUAAGGCAGCUCCGGGACUUGGCAUACGACGCCGAGGACUGCAUCGAGCUCGUCAUCCACCUGGAUCCCAAGCCCAGCUGGUGGCGCCGCUUACUAAUCCUGCCUUGCCUGCCGGCGGUGACGCUGCCCAUAGACGACGCUGCGGCGGAGAUCAAGGAGCUCAAGGACAGGGUGGAGUAUGUGAGCCAGAGGAACAUGCGCUACAACCUCAUCGCCGAUUUUGGAAGCGGCGCCAAUAUCAAGUCCGCUGCCGUGCAGCUAGAUCUGGAGCGGAGAAGGCUCGACAUCUCGAUCCCAGUGGAGGAGGCAAAGAACAAGGGCAGCUUGGUGAUAGAUCUGACCGAAUUGAUCCCCAACACGGAAGACCAUCCUGAUCUUGGAGUGAUCUCAGUGUGGGGGACGGGCGGCGAUCUUGGGGUGGCGUCCAUCAUCAGGAAGGCGUACGACGACUCUGAAAUCCGCAACAACUUCCAAUGUCGUGGCUGGGCCAAGUUGACGCACCCUUUCAAUCCGCUCAAGAUCCUCCGGAGCUUGCUCAUCCAGUUCUGUACAAACACUAGUACUGGUCCUCCUAACAGACAAGGUGAAGCUCUGGAUGCAGACUCCCUGCCGAGAACGGUGGCGUCGGAAGGCCAAGUUAUCAGGGAGUUUGUGAAUCAUGUCAACACUAAGAGGUACCUUGUCGUCCUGGAAGACCUGUCCACCAUUGCAGAAUGGGAUGCCCUCCGGAUCUACUUGCCAGACAGGGGCAACGGGAGCCACGUAAUCGUAUCCACGCAGCAUUUCGAUGUCGCGAGCUUGUGCGUCGGGCAGCCGCACAAAGUAUCAGAGUUCAGAAAGUUCACGCCUGACCACUCCGUCUAUGUCUUCUCCAAGGAGGUUAUUGGAGCCGGCGAUGUUGGCUGCGACGCAGAUGAUCUUAUUGGGCGCGACACAGAAAAGGUCGAGCUUAUCAACCAAAUUGACGAGGUUUCCUGUGUGAUCUCCGUGUGGGGGAUCGCUGGCGUUGGGAAAUCAGCUCUCGUCAGAAGCGUCUACCGCAAAUAUCUGAAUGAUCGCACCAAGGAUUCAAGGAGCUACAUCAACGCCUGGGUCAACGUGCCCAGUCCCUUCAAUCUCAGGGAGCUUUGCCGCAGCUUGCUCCUCCACAUGUCCUCAGUGCCUGCGACAACCAAACAGGUCGCAGCCGCUCAAUUAGCAAACCUCACCAAUCCAAUUGAUCUUUGCCGUCGGCUUUUGAGUGGCGACACUCGGUGCCUUAUUGUCAUCGACGGCCUGCAGUCCACCCAAGAAUGGGACAACAUAAAACAAGCAUUGUCAUUUGGGAAAGCAAGCUGUAUCAUACUUGUUACAAACGAGUUAAGCGUCGCCAACCAUUGUUCAGGGCGAGAUCAAUUCGUGUUGAACGUCAAAGGUUUGGCUGAUGACCACGCCACUCAACUCUUCAACAAGGAACUUGAGAAGCAGCAUAACCCCAUCGUACCGGAUGACAUGGAGGAGCAGACCAAGCUCAUUGUAAACAGAUGCGGCGGGCUUCCCAAGUUGAUCGUUUCGGUUGCCUGUUUCUUGGCCAAGAAUGUGGAUUGGGAAGCCACGAAUAGCAACUUCAUCCAGCAGCUGGAGAGCAACCAGGAGCUGGCCAGUGUACGCAGCAUAUUCGGGUGGCUAGACUCCUACUUCCACACCUGCCCUGACUUCCUCAAGCCUUGCAUCUUCUACCUGUCGAUAUUCCCUCCACGCCAUGGCAUCCGGAGGAGGCGCCUGGUGCGGCGCUGGAUCGCUGAGGGCUACGCAAGGGAUACCGAUGGCAAUCUGGCGGAAGUGAACGGGGAGGAUUACCUGUCAAGGCUCGUGGACCACAGCAUGCUCGCCACAGCCGGCAAGGCUGGGACUGGGACUGAGACUGGCAGGCAAAUGGCCAAGUGCUAUGUCAAUGACUUCUUUCGGGAGUACAUCGUGUCCCGGCGAAUGGAGGAGGACCACGUGUUCGCGCUGGAAGGGAGGUGCAGCCAGACCACGCGGCGCACGGGGCGGCACCUCGUCAUCCAUGGGAGCUGGGACAGAGACGAGAACGUGUUCAACCGGAUCGACUUCUCCCGGCUGCGGUCGCUGACGGUGUUCGGGGAUUGCUGGGAGCCAUUCUUCACCUCCGACAAGAUGAGGGUGCUCCGGGUGCUCGAUCUCGAGGGAGUCACCGAGGGUCUGACAGACGAUGACAUCAAGAACAUGGUCAAACGGCUACCACGACUCAAGUUCCUCUCCCUGCGUGGCUGCAAAGGCAUCUCUCGCCUGCCGGAAUCCCUCGGCCGCCUCAGGCAGCUCGAGACCCUGGAUAUCAGAAACACUGCCAUCUCCUGGCUGCCGGACACCAUCGUCAAGAUGAAGAAGCUGCAGUAUGUUCGUGCAGGCGUCAAAGGUCACACCUCGGCAUCCAAUAAUGCUACCAGCUGGGUCUCCUCCUGCUUGUCAUGCCGGCCUGUCGGCGAUCAGGCCGUUGGAGUUGAAGUUCCUUGCGGGUUCGAUGAGCUGACCAACUUGCAUACGCUGGGCGUCAUCAAAGCCACUGCCGCAGGGCUCAUCGAGCUCAGAAAACUUUCCCAACUGCGCAAGCUUGGGGUGUCCGGCAUCAACCGGAAGAACCAUGAGGAGCUACGAGCCGUCGUCUCUGGCCACGGCCAUCUGGAAUCCUUGUCGGUAUGGCUUGACAAGGCUGAUAAGCAGGGGUUUAAUGACCGUGUUUUGGAUACUGUCGACGAAUUCAAGCGUCCAGAGAAGCUACGGAGGCUCAAGCUCUGCGGGCACCUUGAGGAGUUGCCAGUAUGGAUUCAGGAUCUCACAAAAUUGGAUAAUCUGCAUGUGUCCAAAACUCCCGCGCAAGAUCCAUCCCUGAUGUAAUUUUGCUACCUGUCAAGUACUCCAGUAAAUACAUCUUCAGGAUAUAUUGAUUAUUGAACAGCUGAUGUGAUUAUCGAAAAGAAAGAUGAUAAGGCAUCUCAUUAUACCUUGGAUUCUGUAUUCAAAAGUACACUUUGUUGGAUUCAGAACUAGUUUGAGAGUAUUUGUUUUGCUGGAAGACACAGUUGUGCCAAUUUGUGACCUGUGACGAUAUCAUCAUUUUUUUGACAAGUGAACAUUUUUGUUUGA